UUCAAAUUAUUCUUUUUUGGACCAAGUACUUUGGCGAAGACAUAAUGUAUCAAAUGAAAAAAUCAUUAAAUGGCGAUACAGAAAACAUAUUGUUUCGACCAAAACUAUGUUAUUAUCGAUAUCCUAAUUGUUUAGUCACAAGUAAUCGUGCUUUCAUUUCGUCAGCCAAAGUAAUCAUCUUUCAUUGGAGAGAUUUUUAUUACGGUGAUUUACCUAAACGGCAUAAUAGCAAUCAAUUAUGGACUAUUUAUAAUUUAGAAGCUCCACCUAAUACGGCAUUGUUGCCAGAUAAAAAUGAUUUAUAUUUCAAUCUGACCGCUUCUUAUCGACAUGAUUCAGACAUUUUUUUACCAUAUGGACAACUAAUUGCUCGUAAUCAUAAUUCUGAUUUCGAAUCUAACAUUGAUAUUCGAUAUAAAAUCAAACCAGUCGUUUGGUUUGUAAGCAAUUGUCAUACACAAAGCCAUCGAGAAAAUUAUGUUAAAAAAUUAUCACAAAUGGUACAGGUAGAUAUUUAUGGUAAAUGUGGUAAAUUAAAUUGCCCACAUUCACAGCAAUAUGAAUGCUAUAAAAAAGUAUCUCGUGAAUAUUUAUUCUAUUUAUCAUUCGAAAAUUCACUUUGCAAAGAUUAUGUAACUGAAAAACUUUUCAACGUAUUAAAUUAUGAUAUUGUGCCUAUUGUGUUCGGUGGAGCCAAUUAUUCUUCUAUAUUGCCGGCCGGUUCUUAUAUUGAUGCCACUCGAAUGAAACCUAAAAGAUUGGCCAAUUUGAUCAUGCGAAUAGCCAGUAAUCGAAAACUUUAUUUAUCCUAUUUCGAAUGGAGGAAAAAAUAUCAACUGGAUAUUGAAGCAAGUUCUAAUUUGGAUUCAAAUUUAUAUUGCCAACUUUGUAAACGAUUGGAAGAGAAUUCAAUCAACAAUCAAAAUACAUUCAAAUCUAGUAAGGAAAUUAAUCAUUGGUAUUUCCACAAUACUUGUCAAAACCCGAAUAUUUAAUCAUAGUUCAUACUUUCAUCAUUGUGAAUAUAUUCAAAAAAUAUUUUUAAUUUUUUAUAACAUUAGUUAAAACGAUUCUAGUCU